GGGGGCUCACACGCGCACACGCCCCGUCGCGGGAGAGACCAGAGCGCACUCCCCGUCAUCAUCGUCGCCCAGAGCCGCGUGCGCUGCCGCACGACUCGCAUCGCGCGCGUGAGCAGAGUUCGAUGUCGAGACACCAACUUGCGAUGAAGCGCACCUGGGACUGAAGUUUUUGUUGUUUUUGUUGCUCGAGCGAGUUAGUGUUUGUGUUGCAUAUCCGUCUUCUACGACUGCUCUACGAUUUACUCGACGAAUGUAUUGAAAUUUCAAACGAAUCAUAUCGGACUAUUACUACUGCCUGCUGCCGAUCCUACUGCAGUUGUCGCUGCUGCUGCUGCUGCGUCCACCACCACCACAACGUCCAGGUGUAACCACCCUGACCUCGUUAUCAGCGAGGUGACCGCGGUGAUCACAUGCCGCUGCCGGGAACACAGCUAAGGGCCGCGGGUGGCGGCACGAGGUCUCCUCGGGCCUAGGCGUGAGGAGGAGGGCCCUCGCCGAUGCGCGCGUGCCACGCGCCACUCCCGCCCGCACCGAGGAGGCGCACGGCCAUGGAGCACCGUGUCAACUCCUCCUCCUCCUCGAGCAACGAUAGCGGCGGCGGCAUCGCUCACAACCGGAGCGCGGACGACGGCCUGGCCAACGAGACAGCGAGCGCCACCGGCUACACGCAGUCGUGGGCCAUCGGCAUGGGCUUCCUCAUGGCCCUCAUCAUGCUCAUCAUCGUGCUGGGCAACUCGCUCGUCAUCCUGGCGAUAGCGCGCUUCAAGCGCCUGCAGACGGUCACCAACUGCUUCAUCGUGUCGCUGUCGUGCGCCGACCUGGUCAUGGGCGUGCUGGUGGUGCCGCCCAGCGCCGGGCUCGUGGUGACGGACAACGUGUGGACGCACGGCUCGUCGGCGUGCGAGCUGUGGACGUCGGUGGACGUGCUCUGUGUGACGGCGAGCAUCGAGACGCUGUGCGUGGUGGCGCUCGACCGCUACCUGGCCAUUACGGCGCCGCUGCGCUACAAGCAGCUGCUGACGAAGGCGCGCGCCCGCCUCAUCGUCGUCGUCGUGUGGAGCAUCUCGGCGCUCAUCUCCUUCCUGCCCAUCCAGAUGCUGUGGUGGCGCGACAACGCCGACGUGGAGGCGACGCAGUGCUACAAGAACCAGGACUGCUGCGACUUCAUCACCAACGCGCCCUACGCCAUCGUCUCGUCCGUCGUGUCCUUCUACGUGCCGCUCAUCGUCAUGGUGUUCGUGUACGGCCGCGUCUUCCAGGAGGCCAAGAAGCAGCUGCGCAAGAUCGACAAGAACGAGGGCCGCUUCUACGAGGUGUCCGCCGGCGGCGUGGGGGCCGCGGCGGGCGACGGCGGCGGAGUGAUCCCCAGGCGCCUGUCGAAGCGGCGCACCUCUCGCGUCGUCUCCAUGAAGGAGCAGAAAGCCAUCAAGACUCUCGGCAUCAUCAUGGGCACCUUCACCAUCUGCUGGCUGCCCUUCUUCAUCUCCAACAUCAUCAAGGCGUUCUGCAAGACGUGCGUCGACAAGAAGCUGUUCUUCUUCUUCAACUGGCUGGGCUACAUCAACUCGGCCUUCAACCCGUUCAUCUACUGCCGGAGCCCCGACUUCCGGAAGGCCUUCAAGCGCCUCCUCUUCGGCUGCUCGGCGCUGAGCAGGCGCUCCGCGCCCAGGAGGCGCGCCGGGAGCCUCGCGUCCUGCGCCGCCGAGGAGCAGCAGCGGCGGCGGCGCGCCGGCGACCGCCUGACCCCCAACGGAGGAGGUGCCGGGGGAGGCGGGGGCUCCCGCGCCUCGCAGCUCGCGUUCGCCGUUCGCACCCCGGGCGCCUUCAGCAACGGCAAGGCGUCCCUGGGGGACGGGCGGCAUGACAGCCGCACGAGCAACAGCAGCAGCAGCGAGCAGAGCCUGGAGCGCAACGAGAAGGCGCCCAAGACUAGGCCGGCUGAAGGGUGACCGGGUGGCGGCCCACGGAGGUGACGACGCGAGGGGGGAGGGAGGGGGGGUGGGUCGAGGACCACCGUUUAAAAAUGCGAGGGCUUGCCGAGACAGCUCGGCAAGGGUCGUGUUGAGCCCUCGCCCCUGUUGCCGUAAUUCGUUGGACGAACGCGGCCCAAGUUUCACCGGAGGCGGGGCAGGGGGCGGGGGGCGCGAUCUGAUCCCCGAUUGCGCGCGUGCGUGCAGCGAACAGGCGUGUUCCAAAACAAGUCGCCGAACACUGCACCCCUUUCUGUUGUGUUCCUGCCGCUUCAAAAUUAUUAAAUAAUAAGAAUAACGAGGGAGGACGGCGAGCCUUGACCGCAGUUAACUCUCGCGUGUUGCAUCGUCGUGGCCAGCAAUUUGAAAAUUGAGAGCAGAUCACUUUGGGCUGCCUCUCCCUCAAAGAGGGGGGCGUGCACCCCCCCCCCUCCCCCCCGCAGGGUCUCCUCCUCCCCAGGAGUGAGCCAGGCCACAGCCAUGACCGUUUUGAAUGUGAAGAGAGUGUCGACCCAAAGAGGUCAGAGGUGGCCGUUACGCGCCGCGGCGUCGCUCGCGGUCGCGGCACGGCCCUCCCCGCGUGCCUCUGCACUUUUUUGCUCGGUCCGUCGCCCAACUCGUUGCGAAGCUCAGAGACGGCGGACAGGUCACCGCCGCUUGGUGUGCAACCGGCAGACCCUCGCGGCGGCGGCUGCUGCAAGGGCCGCAGUAGCGCGACGGUGUCCACGUGUUCGAGGCUGCGACUGGCACCGUUUGUUGGCAGCUCGACAAAAAAAAACAAGUUUAUGCGCCAAGCGGCGUUGGGGGUUGGGCAGGAGAGUGAUGUGGGGAGGGGGGGCUGCAUGUUUCACAUAUGUAGAUAUUUCCCCUCUGGUUUCAAUUAUUACCGCGAUAGUAUAGAAUUCUCUACAGCCUUACGAGUCUGGUUUCCUCCCUUGCAGGCCUUUUCGUGAUGCCACAACCGUCGAGUGUGUCAUCUCGAUCGCACAGAGACAGAGAGAGAGAGCUUCGUGCCCAGCCGCUGUCCCGGCAGCACCGGCAGCUGUAGCAGCAGCAGACAGCUGGCGCCGCAGGCUGCCCUCUGAGCCACAAGUCUCAAUCACAGCAGGCUUCUGUGGGGAGGAGAAAGCAGAGUAGCCUGGAGGGAGAGAGAAUUCCACAAAGCUGUACAUACCCGCGCCGCUUGACCUGCUGCUGUAAAACAGCUGUGGAAACGUACAGUGUUUAAUAGCAGUCGGGGUGAGUUGGAGAUUUGUUUAAGGUCUCCAAUCUAACCGCACCGCGUGUUUUUGUUUCUGUGAGCUAAUCAGACGCGUGCGUUGUUGAGCGUAAAGCGAGCGCGUGUCCCCGCUACAACGGGUUGGUGGAGUCGUGGCGACGCUGCGCCUUGAUGCCAACUUUAGCGGCCACGUGGGGCUCCACUCACGGCCAUCGUCAACAAAGUGGGCGGCGGCAUCCGAACCUGUCCGGCGUGUCCCACAACUAGGUCGUCUUAGCCUGCAACGGUGCGUUGUGCCAACAUCAUCACCACUGGAGAGGCAAAGGCGGUCCGGCGCCGUGCUGAAUUAACCACCCACCUUUAGCGGGUGCUCGCUUACAGCCAAACGGCAAUUUUGUGUGUGUGAUCUGGGCCUAAUUAAUGAAUCUAUUAAUACAAUGCGAGCGAGGGUUAGGGGGUAUUGGGGGUUCACCGGGAGGGGGGGUGGGGAGAGGAAUGGACUUUCUCAACAGGGGUCAGGUUGAGCGCACUCACGCGGCACGGCUGCGUACGCGCGGUUGUUGUUCGUCGCUGAUUAAUCACGCACAUGUCGACGAGAUUUGGAUCCGAGAGGUCUGCUCGUGGAGCCGAGACUCGCUCAUUCGGAGGAGGACAUCAUCUGCAAUUUCUAAAAAUGUUUGUACCAAGUUAAUGUGUUCUUAGAUGGGAGGGGGUUCGAUGUCUGAAUCCGCGUGUGUGAGUUCCAAAAAGUGGAACCGGCUCGCGCGGGACGUGACGUCUCCCAACGGGCAAGCCUUUGGCCAUUGUGUGCCGUCAAAGUCGAAAUUCCAGAUUUGAAUAUCCCUUGCGGCUAACUUUGAUGCGAGAGGAGAAAUCCAACCAACCGUUCCACCUCCGAGUAACACGGUUGGCUACGUACGGCGCGAAAGACGUUCAACAUACAUACAUAUAAGAAUAAUUCAUACCCACGUGUUGGACAUUUAGGCGGUCCCACGUUUUCUCUUUAAGAGCAUGUAAUACGGGUGCUUCACGGAAUGUGGAUCAAAACAUGCGUGCAUGGGCAAGGCAUCUUUGCGUGUGAACGGCGUGUGUGUGCGCGCGUGUGAGCGAUGCGUGUGGGGAGCGGUGGUGUAGCGGUUAGCGCGCUGUGCUACGAACCCGGCGACCCGAGUUCGAUUCCAGCUCACGGCCAACACCAGUGACGAUUAUCUGAACCGGUCCUGGGCCUCCUCCUAGAUCGACUCAGCCUCAAAUGAGUACCUGGUGCGGUGUGUAAACAUCGCCACUAGGGAGACAAAGGUGGCCGGGCGUGGUGCUGGCCACCCACCCCCUCGAGUACCGUUCUGGCCUUCAUAGGUGCUCGCUAACAGCACUUGCCCCAACAGUCUGUUAAAGCUACACGGGGGAUAUUUGUCUUCGAUUGUGUGAGCGAUGCGUGUGUGCGCGCGUGUGUGCGCGCGUGAGUAAGUGCGGGUUUUAUUUUUCAUAAUUCUGAUUAAAGCGAAUGCGGACACAAAACAAAGAACUCGUGUGAUGUCCGUGGACACUCACACCGCUUGAAGCACUUAAAAACUUCUUCAGAACAACACACAGACACAGACACGCACAAGAAAUCUCCAUGGAACGGUUCGCUAAACAUGACUCAUUCGAUGUCGCGAAAAACAUUCAGAAUGCAUCUGGGAUUUAGUAUUAUCUGGCGUUGCGUAAUUACACUGUUCAAAAUGUAACCUGUACGCUGAUCGUCACAUAUGCUUCGUUGAGUCGCGAGUCUCGCUUUGUCAAGCAAUAGUGAACUGAGUGUGCAACAGACUUUUUGUUUUUUUAAAGAAGUCAAGUUGCGUUAAAAUUAGACUGUUGUCCUGUUAAUCACUUGUUUGCGUAAAAAAGGCACAAAACAUAGAACUCGUGUUGUUGUUGUUGUUCAGAUUUAUUGCGAAGUAUACUUUAAAUACAGCCCUGUACAUAACGCACAGGCACAACGUGCUUAUGGCAAAUGAUCAUUCCCGCGUAACGUUGUAUUAUCUGGAUUAUGAGACGCACUUUUUUUUUCUCCCGCCCUGUAUUUUUAAAGCAAAUCUUGCAGGUGCACCCCGUAAUGCCGUGGCUGUGUGUUGGCGUGUGUGUAUGUUACACCAAAUUUGUGGGAGCGGUGGUGCAGCGGUUAGCGCUACGCUGCGCUACGAACCCGGCAUCCAGAGUUCGAUUCCCGCUCACGGCCAACACCGGUGACGAUUAUCUGUACCGGUCCUGGGCCUCCCCUGGAUCGACUCAGCCUCAAAUGAGAGCACCCAGUGCGGUUUGUAAACAUUGGCACUCGGGAGACAAAGGCGGCCGCGAAUGGAGCUGGCUACCCACCUCCUCGUGUGCCGUUCCGGCCUUCAUAGGUGCUCGCUAACAGCACUUGCCCCAACAGUUUGUUAAGUCUACAUGGGGGAUAUUUGUCUUUGUCACCAAAUUUGCAUACCUUUAUUGACACCGUGCACAGAUUUGCGGUGCGUAUUACUUUCUGGAGCAUCUUAGAAUCCAGAGAAACACAGUAUCUACAUUUAUCGAUGUGGAAAGCAGCGUCAUCCUGUUGCAAUACGUUGAAUGAAGAGUUGGUCAAAAAGUAUUUUUUUGGCGCCGGGGGGAGGGGGGGGAAUUAUGAUUUUAAGACGGAAUUUGUUGCAAUCAUCAGAUGCCGCGUUCGUGUUGACAAGUCACUGUGUGCAGUCUGAGUGCACUUGUGCUGCGCUGGGCGGCUGCCCCCUUGAUGUGGUAAUAGUCAAGCAGUGGGUGUAACGAUCACCCCCCGCUCCCCCCCCCCUUCAUCGUGUUAAGAUUCAUCGCCACAAUUCACCGUCACGAUGGGAUUCGAUAAAAAAAACAAUUACAUCGCGGGGAAUGUAGCGGCCUCUUGCGGCUGUACGGAGGUCGCGUGAACCAAUUAUAUACAGCGUGUACGAAUCUAAAAAAAAAAACAGUCGAGCCGGAGAUCCAAUGUAAAUCGGCGAAUCGAUGCAUCGUUACACCCCAUGGUAAUAUGCGCCUGCCCGUCACGACGACAGGCCGAUGCGCAUCAAUAACCAACUGAACAUUUAUCGUGACUUUUGCGUCGAGGUGAGUUUCCGACCCACGUGCUCUUAUUUAUUCUGCAAUUGUGUUGCAGCCAUUGGCAGUAGUAGAGAGAGAGUCCAUCUUCCCUGCCGAUCCCCUUGCUUGCCCCUAGUUCUAGCACUAACGCCUGCUGGCGUUUAUGUAAAAUCACUGGGUCCCACUAGCACUUGCAGCGAACGAUCGCGAAUCUUAGCUCGACCGCUACCCGUUGAGUUUUCCAUUGCCCGUGCCUUCGUGAGUCUCUGCGCCGAUUGACUGCCGGCUCCAGCGGUGAGCGAAACCCACGGCCAACGAUUUGCUGAUAGCUCGAGUACCAGGUGGUUUCCGCGAGGCACGUAACUCGAGUUGAGGCAUCUGUCCUGCUUGAGUUCUGGGAGAAAUGAGGCCGACUUCACCAUCGACUCGAGCCGACUUGAGUUUGCUGGCCCCAUGGAAUCGAUGAAACUCAAUCGCACGAGUUAUCUGGAGUGUUAAAAGACCCGGCACGGACUUGUCGACAGCACGGAUCAUCGCGGUCAGUAACUUACCCGCCACUCACUUUGGCGAGAUGACUUUUCACAGGCCGGUGUGUGGGACCCAGGUGUUUGAAAUUACCCCCCCCCCCCCCCGCUGUCCCCCCCCCCAUCCCCCCUCGUGUCCCUUACUCGAUCCCCGCUCUCGUUUUAUCGCGAUAUCGAGUUUGCAGUACGUGCUAUUGACUACCUCAUCUUUAAGAGUACCGCUGUCAUUGUUACGCACCGACGCGUUUUCGUGUACAUAUGUGUUAAUUCACACGUCCCUGUAACCCACCCGCGUUAUACAUUAAUAUCAUACUAUGGGUUUUUUUUUCUUGUUGUGAAUGUAUAAAUGUAUUGCCAAGACUUGGCCUCUCUUGAGGUUUUGGGAGGAGGGGAUGGGCUUGUGGGAUAAAAGGGAGGGCAAUAGGGUUUGGGGAGGAGGGUCACAAACAGGGUAAGAUUAUGGAACAAGGGGCACUCUUUGUAAUGUUGUUGGUGGGGUGGGGAUUGAGGUUGUGGCUGGUGGUGGCUGUGCUUCACCGUGUCCGGCGAGGUUUCUGUUGUAAUCACUGCCUCUGGCGUGGCCCUAACGCGAGCACUCGGCGAGAGGAGCCUCGCAACACUGAGCGCCAGCUACGAUUUUGGCCAAGUGACUUUCAAACGGAAGGCCCUAUCGCUCUCAAAUAUGGGCGCUCUUUCCGCACGCACGCGCCUACACGCGCGCCCACCGCACAAUGCGCAUACACACUCAUCCUCGAGCACUCGGCCGCUCGCGUGAACCGAAAGCCCAGGGGAAAGAGCGCUGCUUGUUGGGAUUACGCAAUAGCUCCUGGUGGCCCAAUUAGCGAUCAAAACCACGGGAUCAAAGUGGUUCGGCAGGCAGGCAAGGAGUGGUUGUACCCCCCCCCCCCCCAUCGCCAUUCAAGUGUCACGUUGAGUUGCAAAGAGAUUCCCACUGCGUCCGCCUGACUGUCCGUAUAAUUGCAAAACGCGGAAAAAGUAUAUAAUAAACGAGAAUAAAAGGUGAAAUGCCUUAGGCGCACAUGAUAGAAUUACGGACAAUGGUCUGGGCCUCCACGUGUAGAUGAAGGAUACAUGAAAUAUGUGUUAUUAGUCCAUCAAUCAACAUUGGGGAAUUUUGUCAGCAGUGUUUUCCGGCCAGCAUUUGUGAAAGCAGGCAAACUCCGAACUGGUUUAGACUUCUCUGAGUGGCAUCAGCAGAGCGUGGCCUGUCAAACGAACACUGCUGGGUUGCCCCGGUGUGAUAGGCAAGAGCUCUUCACUGAUAGCACGGGGAACGGCACUAAGGGCACGUAACAAAUGUUACGCGUACACAUCUAAAAUAGUCGGCGUUCGGUAACAAUCAACAGGUAGCCAAAUGUCUACAAUGCAUUCCAGAGUCGCUUCUGUGAAAAUUAUUUAUUGGCGACUCUACGGCACAAAACGACAAAUUAGGUCAAACUCUGCAACGAAGACUAAAUGCUUAUUUGAGCUUGUGCUCAACAACAAUAAUAACCGUAAAAAAUAAUAAUGUCCCAUUAUAUAGGUUAUCAAAGAUUAGGGCAAACAUUUUUCCGUAAACAAUGGCAACGCCGGUGGAAUGGGAUGUGCAGUGGCUCACGGAGGCAAAGCGCCCUUGGGCUCGUAACCGCCGCGGUGGCGGUGCACAAUGUGAGCGCGUGCGGGGGCCGCGCUUUGAUGAGAAAUGCCCGUGGAAACGACGCACGUGUGUGCGGGCGGUGUCAGCAACGCCACGUAAGAUGAAAAGCUGCGGCCAGGUCUCCUGGGCACCGCUUGCCAGCAGUCAACGUGGUCGGGGAAUGGCGGAGGGUGGGGGGUGGGGGGCCUUUUUGUUUUGUUGUUCUCAUGUUUUUUUCCUUCUUUUAACAUUCCCCUCCCCCAUAAAAACAAAUACAUCCCGAUUGUGUUUUGGGCGUCGGGCCGUGAAAGCGGAUAUAUCGCGUUUGCAUCGCUUCGUGUUGGGACGUGGCCCCCGCAGAAGUGGGUAUCACAGAGCUAUUUCUUGGGAUGCCAUUCGAGUGGCCCCCUGGUCCAAAGGGUAGAGGGCCGCAGUUUCCCAGCCGCUCUGCAUGUGUCGGUCAAACCGAUAUUUAAUUUAUCGGAGCUGGUAUCUAUCCAAGUGACGUGCAGAACAAAUGUAAUGUCACGGUGUUGUUUUUGUGUGCAGUCAUGUGUAACUAGGCUGAGAUCAGUUACUCACUAUUCUUGAGUACCUGGUGUACGAUCUGAUGGUGAUCCCCUGCAUUCGAACUCAUGAUCUCAGCGAUGCCAGCUCAACGCUCUGACCUCUAAGCCACCCGGCCACCACUUUCUUUUUACGUUUUAUCUGAAUUGUCCGACAGGAAGCAGGCCAGAUUGUGCUGGUAAUCAUUGCCAUGGUAGCCCAUAUACUUGCAGGUAGAAUGAGAUGUUUUUAUUUUAUUAUAACUGUUGCAUCAUUUGUGUAGUCUGAUGCAUAUCAACCGAAGGUCAAGAGGUCGUGAUGAUGGCCAAUGCCUUUGAUGCCACCGCACCUCGCCAUCACUUCUUUCCCUCUGCUAGAUCUCAUAAUUGUUGUAAAGUCACCACCCGAACGUAAAGAUCUGUUCUAACAGUAUCCCACUGUGGCAUGCCAUGGUAUGGCAUGGUGUGGUAUACUCCACCAUAACAAUGGGAAGGUGCCUACAUUGCUCAAGGAAGCUUGGCUGCUAAGUUCACACCAUGUUGUGAAAGUGUUGAUACUGACCGGUGCGAUGUGCAUUGGUGUAAGUAUCGGUGUGAGUAGCAGCUGCAUGGGAUUUGUAGGCUAUCUGCGUGAAUAUUAUCCUAACAUGCACACCCUCUCAUUAGUCGCACACAUGUUUUUUACACACACACACACACGCGUGUACAUUAAAAUGUGGGCUUAUUAGGCUUCAAUCUAGAAACUGCAGCUUUUGUGACACUCGAAAUGCAACCUGCCGCUCGGUGUGCACGAUGUAUCCAGUGAGUGUGGCCAAUGCAGUAUUUGUUGGGUGGAAUGACCCCACCGUGGUCCUACAUAGUUGCACGAGCUACCCAGGGGUAUGGCUGUGCCAUGAGCGUGACGAUUCUCGGUGUCCGUACUCGUGACCCGUGCUCUGUGACUUUACUCCCGCCGACGAGAACUCCAUUUGUCGACUCCAUCCGUGUCACCAGGGCCGUCCGUAGGGAUAGUGGGGGGGUGCGGGGCCCGGGGCAAACCCCACUGUGUGCCCCCCCCCUCCCUCAAGUUCUGGGCCCGGGGCAGUCGCCCCGAUUCUCUGUACCCUAAGGACGGCACUGCAUGUCACGGUGUUAGGGGUUGACAAUUGGCACUCGCCACACUGCGAAACCUUCCACUUUCCCCAAGGCCACCCCACCACCACCACGGCUGUGAUGCCCCCUUGCUCCUUUAACGGCCCUCUCCUCCUGCCUCCGCCUAAAGAGCCUGCGAAUGUUAUUUGCCGAGCCCUUCACGGCUCUCUUUCUCGUCUCCUUGUUUCCUGAGCUGCUGCUGCUGCGCUUUCCUACCCCUCCCUGCCCUCCCACUAUUCAAACUCUCCAUCCAGGCUCGUCAGCCUAAUCCCACUCUUGUGAAUGUCGCCUAACCCCCCACCCCCACCACAGUAAACACUUUUUGAUUUCCAGCCCCCAGCUCUCCCAAGUGGUUACCUUGCCACCUGAGCUGUGAUCAAGCGCGAGUAUCUUGAUUCAUGAUUCAGGCAGGCCGAGAGCCCCAUUGAGACUUCAAGUAAAAAAAAUGCAAUGGAGAACCCGGUUACAAAAUGCGAAUGGGAAAGGAGAUGCCUGGCGAAAAAGGAAUUGGUGCGGUUAUUGGAACAAACAACAAUAACAAUGUCAAAGUAAUCCCGUGCAACUAAAGGAGACGUGAGUCGAACAUGUUGUUACACAAGUCGGCAACGUGAUCAGUGGGAUACAAACUAUGUCAGGCACGAGGCAAUGAUGAUCAAAAUGCAUUUACACGCGGAAUGUCCGAGCCUGGUGCAACCCACCUAUUCAAUUUAAGGGUGAUCACGUGACGCCGGUAGUGACGUUACAUGGGGAGCGGUGGCGCAGCGGUUAGCGCAUUGCACUACAAACCCGGAGACCCGAGUUCGAUUCCCGCUCGUGGCCAAAACCAGUGACGAUUAUCUUAACCGGUCCUGGCCCUCCCCUAGGUUAACUCAGCCUUAAAUGAGUACCUGGUGUCUUGUGUAAACAUCGCUACUGGGGAGACAAAGGCGGUCGGGCGUGGUGCUUGCCACCCACACCCUCGUGUGCCACAGUGCCGGCCUUCAUAGGUGCUCGCUAACAUCACUUGCCCCAACAGUCUGCGGCAGGCCAUACGGCAAGGGCCCUGGUGCCAAAGGAAUCCCGUGGGCCCCUGCGCAGGUGCACCGCCUGCACACUCGACGGCUGCACAACUGCCUGACUCAAUUGAACUAACAUUGUCAGCAAAUUUCGAUUUAAAUGCUUUCGUGACUGCAGGGAUUCAUCUUCUUGGUUCUUUCGGUAAAGUCACGUAGAAUGGAAAUAAUAAAAUA